CAACGCUGUCCCUUUUCGUCAUAUCACCCACUUUCUCUCUCCUUCCCCUACUCUCUCUCUUACAGCUAUGGUAUUUCUGUCUCUGCUAAUGUGAAAGAGACGUUAAUAAAAAUAAUAUAAAGAAAAAUAAACACACAACACCAUCACCCAUAAACCCAAGAGUCACACAACUACGGGUUUUUCUAAGCCCCCAGAAGAAAAAAGGAACCAAAAUAGAAUAGAGCCUCACAAGAAGAAACAAGGAAUCACAGAAUAACACAACACUAUAACAAGAACAAGUCUUUGAGGAGAUUGGACCAGAGGGUCUUGUGGGCCUUUUUUCAAUUUUUUAUUUUCUUCUCUAUUUUCCGUUCAUUCAGUUUCUUGUUCAGGUGACAGGAACGCACACAGAAAACAUAAACUUUUGGUGCUACCCAUUUGAAGGUGUUUUCAAGUUUGCUUUUGGAGAAACCGUAUAUGUUAGCAUAUAUUUGAGUUGUUCUGUUCUGACUCUGUUUUCGUGAGAUUUACGUUUUACUAUGAGGAGAAGCUAGCACACACCGAUUCUCUCGUAAUUUCUCGGAAAAUUUUACUAGAUGGAAUCUGUUAAGCCAUCAGCAGCAGUGACACCAAGCAAGAGCAAACUGGCGCGCACUUUUGCCAAAGUUCUUCACGCUAGAGCUGUGUCUGGAAUUGCACCAGUUGAUGGCCUGAAGAAUGUUGAAGUUGAUGCAGAUCUCAACAGUGAAGCAAAUAUGUGUAAGAGUACAAUAAACAAAGAAGAUGAAGAAGAGCUUCAGAAAACAAAGGCCACAGAAGCAUUUCUUGCAAAAGUUUUUGCUAGCAUUUCAACUGUUAAAGCUUCAUAUGCUCAGCUACAGAAUGCUCAAUCUCCUUAUGACCCUGAUGGAAUUCAAGCCUCUGAUCAAUUGAUAGUCUCGGAGUUUAAGACCUUGUCUGAGAUAAAGCAAUGCUACUUUAAAAACCAAUUUGAUCCUUCACCAGAUAGAGCAAUUCUUGAAGCUAAACUGAAGGAACUGGAGAGUGUUAACAGAACCUUUGAGAUCACGACGAAGAAGCUAGAAUCGCAGGCACGGCUCAAGGAAUCCGAGAUUAUAUUUCUCCGUGAAAAGCUAGAGGAAGCUAACAUACACAACAGGUCAAUUGAGAAGAGGUUAUCUCAAAGUGGUUCAUUAUCAGUUCUUGAUAAUCUCCAUAUGUCAGGACUAAGUCCUAGCCAUUUUGUCACUGUCCUUCGGCACGCAGUUAGGUCCAUUCGAACCUUUGUGAAGUUGUUAGUGAAAGAAAUGAGAUCUUCUGGUUGGGAUAUUGAUGCUUCAAUCAAUGCCAUCAUUGAGCAGAAUGUGGUUUACUUGAAAGAAGAUCACAAGUGUUUUGCAAUUGAGUCCUUUGUUUGUAGGGAGAUGUUUGAUUCAUUCAACACCCCUAAUUUCUCUCUACCAAAUGAGUCUCUACCAGAUAGCAACAAGAGGCAGGUGUUCUUUGGGAGGUUCAAUGAGCUGAAACACAUUAAAGCAAAGGAGUUUCUUGCAUUGAAGCCAAGGUCACCCUUUGCGAAAUUCUGCAGGAUCAAGUACUCGAGGCUUGUUCACCCCAAGAUGGAGGCAUCAUUUUUUGGUGACCUGAAUCAGAGAACCCUGUUGAAUGCUGGAGAGUUUCCUGACACAAACUUCUUCACCUCAUUUGCUGAGAUGGCCAAGAGGGUGUGGCUCCUACACUGCCUAGCCUUUUCUUUUGAGCCUCAAGCUUCAAUCUUUCAAGUGGGGAAGGGGUGUAGAUUCUCUGAUGUGUACAUGGAGAGUGUGAAUGAGAAUGAUGAAGAAGUGGCAGUGGAGUCUGAGGCACAAGUUGGUUUCACUGUGGUUCCGGGGUUUAGGAUUGGUAAAACUGUUGUACAGUGCCAAGUUUACCUCUCAGAGUCACAGCACCAAGGUAAGGUAAAAAGUCUUACAUCCACAAAGCAAAGGUAACAAGUGGUGUUUUGAACAGUUUGUGACCCCACCAUGCAAUAGGUUGAUGAAGUGGAAGACAAUGUUUUGAGUUGAACUUUUGGGAGGGACAUGGCUUGUGCAGUGCAUGGCUGAGCUUGUGGGGACUCUCACCUCUGCCAUGGCUCAAUGGGGCAUUUUUAUUGUCCAUUUGUGUUUUGGCCAUUUUGAAAAGGAAACGCGUGAACCGUUGCAUUGGGAAGUGCCCUUUUGUUUCAGAAUGGUUUUUUUUUUUUUUUUUUUUUUUUUUUUUUUUUUUUUUUUUUUUUUAAUUUUAUUUAUUAUGCAGUUUAAUUAAUCAAAUGCUUGCCCCAAAAUUUUGUUGAUAUUAGGCCGGUGGCAGGAAUGGUCUAGCUGGAAAAUGCAUCUUUACCAGACAUUACAUAUGUUAUGUACAUAAUAAUGUUGCUGGUAAUUUCAUUAUUUUCUUUUUAAAAAGAAAAAAAUUAUUUGUUCUA